UGGUUUAUUAACCACACAAAAUUGUAAUAAACUAUUUAAAUUUCAGGAUCCAUUUUAAUUUUGUGUUUAAGGUAAAAUUAUUAGAAAGAUGUUCUGUUUAGUACUGUGUUAAAAGUGAUUUCCAAAAGUGGGAAAAAGCAACCGCUGUGGAAUUUGAUCAAUAGCAUAUCCAGAGCUUGAGACUAUUAAUUCUGCAAUAUCAGGCUUGAAGUGUGGGAAGCAUGUAACUAAAUGUAGAGGUCUACAUUACAGAUGUCUGCAUCUCCUCUCCGCUGCCUCUGCAGUCAGUGGAGAUCUAGUCAGUGUAGUCAGGAAUCUAGGGCAUGAUUCAUCUCAUUUUACAGGAGAAAUCAAAUUAAUCAACCCCUAGAAGCAUCUGUUUCUUCUCCACUGACUAUAAAAGGAGCCUGACUAACUCAGUGGUGGCUGUUGUUUCUGUAGGCAUCUAAAAUUGGGUGAGAUAGAUUCCACACGGAGUAUGUGGUGUGAAGGAUGGAAUGUCUGUGAUUAAUGCCUAAUUAGCAGUGGCUUUUUAAGCAGAUGUCAAGUAAGAAGGUUGGUGUAAUGAUAAGGCCAGAGAAAUUAUAGCAGGAUUAGGAAAUUACAUGAUCUUGAUCCACAUUUGAAAUGUACCUUACUUAUUGAUCCAAGUGUUAAAAUUAACCCUUUUAUCUUCUAGGAGGUACAAGUUUGUUUCUAUGAGUUUGUUGUGAUGACUCUGAAGUCUCAUUUGGAGUCCCUCUUCCCUAUGAUAGUACCCCAUGCUGUAAGACCUAUAGUCUUUGUUUGGAGAUGUGACUUCUCAUAAAGUUUCUUUCAGUUUAGCAAGCAAGGCAGGUAGUGGUGUGUGUCUGUUUCUGUGCUUUAUCUUUAUUUACCACUUGUGUAAUCCUCAUCUCAUUGACAAAAAUCAUCAGGGCAUUGACUUAAAAUUGAAUAGUAAUAUGGAAUAGUAAUACGAACUACAGUGUACCCCGUUAAGACACCAUGAGAAACACCUAUUAGAUCAGUAUUUUCCAUUUAUACUUAAAUUCUUAAACUUGUCAAUAAAGUGGUUCUUAUCCAUUUAAUGUAUCAUAAUGAUUUCUGUAUCCUUCUAAUUCAUUAAAAUGUGUAUAUAGUACUGUGUCAAAUGUGUUAUACCUAAAUAAGAUUUGCUUUUAUCAACUAAAUUUGUAAUUACAUAAAAAAUAGCAUAUUGCUUUUACUUAUGCUGGUUGUUCUGAAUUAAGUUUCCUUUAGGCUUUUAAUUCUGAGUCCUGUAAAAUAUGGCUUCAUUUUUUUUGUUUGGAAUCAGUGACACCUGACUGGCCUAUAAUUGCCCAUGUCCUUCUGUUUUAUCCUUCAAUACAAGCGCAUCUUCAAUAAUGAGCUCUCUAACCAGAUUUUUGGGUGUACGUUUUCUGAAUUUGCUGGACUAAGAAAGUCUAGCGUUAAGAACUCAGAAAUCCUCAGCUGAAGUGAAUUGCUUUGUCCUUUUCCGCACAAGAACUGAAAAAUCUACCAUUUCCAUUCAGUGAGGAAUCAGUACCAUUGAUUGUGUACACGAUUCUGUCUAAGGUGCACUCUGAUCGGAAUGUAUACCCUUCUGCUGGAGUUCUUUUUGUUCAUGUUUUGGAGAGAGAGUACUUUAAGGGGGAAUUUCCUCCUUACCCAAAGCCUGGUGAAAUAAGUAAUGAUCCUAUAACAUUUAAUACCAACUUAAUGGGUUACCCUGACAGACCUGGAUGGCUACGCUAUAUACAAAGGACACCAUAUAGCGAUGGAGUGCUGUAUGGCUCACCAACUGUAGAAAAUGUGGGCAAACCAACCAUCAUUGAGAUCACUGCAUAUAACAGGCGUACCUUUGAGACAGCAAGGCAUAAUUUGAUCAUUAAUAUAAUGUCAGCAGAAGAUUUUCCUUUACCGUAUCAAGCGGAGUUCUUCAUAAGGAAUAUGAACGUAGAAGAAAUGUUAGCAAGUGAAGUUCUUGGCGACUUUCUCGGAGCAGUGAAAAACGUGUGGCAGCCAGAACGUUUGAAUGCUAUAAACAUUACUUCAGCCCUUGACAGGGGAGGGAGAGUUCCACUUCCUAUUAAUGACAUGAAAGAGGGCGUGUAUGUUAUGGUUGGGGCAGACGUUCCAUUCUCUUCGUGCUUACGAGAAGUGGAAAACCCACAAAAUCAGCUGAGAUGCAGUCAAGAAAUGGAGCCUGUAAUAACCUGUGAUAAAAAAUUUCGUACUCAAUUCCAUAUUGACUGGUGUAAAAUCUCUCUGGUUGACAAUACAAAACAAGUUUCCACCUUUCAGGAAGUGAUUCGUGGAGAGGGGAUAUUACCUGAUGGUGGAGAAUACAAGCCACCUUCUGAUACACUCAAAAGCAGAGACUAUUACUCGGAUUUCCUAAUUACACUGGCAGUGCCCUCGGCAAUAGCACUGGUGCUUUUUCUAAUACUUGCCUAUAUCAUGUGCUGCCGACGGGAAGGAGUGGAAAAGAGAAACAUGCAAACACCAGACAUCCAGUUGGUGCACCACAGUGCUAUACAGAAAUCAACCAAAGAGCUUCGUGACAUGUCUAAAAAUAGAGAGAUAGCAUGGCCUCUUUCAACGCUUCCUGUGUUUCACCCAGUCACUGGUGAGAUUGUACCGCCCCUUCAUACCGACAGCUAUGAUAAUACCAGUAUGCCACUGAUGCAAACACAGCAGAACCUGCCACAUCAGACUCAGAUUCCACAGCAGCAGAGUGCAGGAGAAUAUCGUAUGACAACAUUUCAAAGAUUUGAGGUAAAUGGUAUUCCUGAGGAAAGAAAACUAACAGAAGCAAUGAAUUUGUAAUCAGAGAAGGCAGCAAAUUGUCUUAUUUCCUUAUUUGUUCUGAUUGAUGCAUGAGUUUUUCUGGUGUGUAUUGUGCAUGCCCACAGUAUUAAGAUGAUCUCGGUGCCAGAGAGUACAAUCACUUCCAUAUAACUAAUGUACUGUAUGCUUUUGUACUUUGGACAUUUUUGACAAUUUGUAAACACUGAUAACUUUUUAUAUUUGUUACAUUCAGAAAAUAAUCUUUCAAAUAUAUGUAUUAAUAAAUAUAUCUUUAUUCUGUCUUGUGAUCUCUCCUGAAAGUUUUAACAGGGAAAUCAAAACUUCAAAAUAAACACCAGGUUCAAAGGAUUUCAGACUCUCUUCAAUGGGAUGAUAUAAAUGCCUUACAUUUGCACACAAAAAGCAGUAGUGUAUAAGCAUGAAAACUUGUGCAAUAUGAGGCUCAGAAAUAGUAUUCCAGAUGUAUUAGGCAUUAAUUUUGUAGACAUUAUCAAAAUGUAAUGAGCAAAGUUAUUUUUGAAAAUAAUAAACAAAAACCUAAAACUGU